CUGGAGGUAGAAGUGAUAGAGGCUUGCAAGAGCAAGCUAGGAGUGGACCAUCCUAAUACGCUGACUAGUAUAAAUAAUCUAGCGUUUAUAUUCAAAGACCAAGACAAAAUGUAUAAAGCAGUUUCACUAAUGGAGGAUUGUUGCAAGCGGCAGACAGCAGUCUUGGGCCCUCAACAUCCCCAUAGUAUCUCAUCUCACGAGGCUCUUGCAACAUGGCAGCUAGAGAGCAUAGAGCUUGGCAGAGCAGAAUGA